AUGCAGACCCCGGUCUUUUUCGCCGUUCUCUUCAGCCUCCACACCGUGGUCUCGGGCGCUGCAGUCGCGCCUCAGCCCGACACCAUCGCAGUCUGCUCCCUUCCAUCAACCUUCCCACUGGGAGACCUGACCUCACCCGAAAAGGGCAUCCACUUCUCCCCCUGCCCGCCUACCUCGCUUCCCACCCAGUUGGCCCUCGUCUCCAUUAGCGCGGAUAGCCCUCUGAAGCAGCAGCUGUUUGAUAUCGACGCUAGGACGCUGGACGCCUAUUGGCUGGAGCGAUACAUCAAGCCUCAUGUAGGCGAGGGAAGGGUGCGCUGUUGGGAUGAGGAGAAGUGUACGACGUUUGGGAUGGGACCUGGACUGCAGAAGCCCCCUGGCGGUGAGGAAGAGAAGAUCGUGCACGGAAGUGUGAGGUCGAAUGAAGGAGGAUAG